AACGCACCGUUUAGUAUGGGCGUCAAAAAAAUUGAGAUUGUCCAAACAGGAUUCCGUACCUACGUCACCAUUCAGGAAAAGAUGGCGGCCGUCCUGGCAAGGAGGGUGUCCGGGCUGCUGAGGCCACUCUCUGCCUCUCUAUGUGCCAGGACACCACAGCUUUGUCAGCUCUCCAGCCUUACCCUGACUCCGACGCUCUACAGCGCCGCUGCAGCCGCUGUCCGCGCCCCUCUGCGGGCUGCAAUGUGUCAGACACCCCGGUACAACAUCCUGCAACGUGUAUCAGCUCUUGUUCCCAGUCUGACUGUACAGCCAAGCAGAAGUCUGACAUACUACAGUCUGAAGAAGGGAAAGAGGAAGACUGUAAAAUCGGUCACAGAAAGGUUCAUGAGGCUGCAUUGUGGACUUUGGAUCAGACGCAAGGCUGGAUACAAGAAGAAACUGUGGAAGAAGAAACCUGCCAGACGAAAGCGCCUGAGGGAGAUCGUGUUCUGUAACAAAACACAGAGCAAGCUUUUGGAUAAAAUGACAACUUCUUUUUGGAAGAGGAGGAACUGGUAUCUCAAUGAUCCAUAUAUGAAGUACCAUGACCGGGUCAACCUCAAAGUGUAAUCUGCUGAUUCACGUAGUGACAUCUUGUUUUCUGUUUGGAUAUAAAGUAAUAAUGUGAUAUGCUUAAUAAAGUCAUAUGUCUCCAGUGA